AUGAGGAGGCAGCCGCCGCCGCCGGGCCCCGCCAGCGCCAUGUCGGAGCGGCCCGGCAAACCCGCCUGCCUCAUCAUCGCCAGCGCGGCCUCCGGGGGUGUGUCUGCCCAAUCCUUUCUUCAUUCUUUUACACUGGCUAGCGCUGCUUUUAAUCUACAAGUUGCCACUCCAGGGGGGAAGUUAAUUGACUUUGUUGAUGUGAAUGAGAGCAACAUGCGUUGGAUACAGGACUUCCGAAUGAAAUCUUAUGCAAAUCCUGCCAAGUUGGAGUCAAUUGAUGGUGCUAGAUACCAUGCCCUGUUGAUUCCUAACUGUCCUGGGGCUUUGACUGACCUUGCAAACAGUGGAUACCUAGCUAGGAUAUUGCAGCACUUCAGCAAUGAGAACAAGCCUAUUUGUGCUGUGGGACAUGGAGUUGCUGCUUUAUGCUGUGCCACAAAUGAGGAUAAAUCGUGGGUAUUUCAGGGAUACAGCCUGACCGGGCCCUCUGUGUAUGAGCUGAUAAGGCAGCCCAGUUUUGCCAGUUUGUCCAUUAUUGUGGAGGACUUUGUGAAAGAUUCUGGAGCUACCUUUAGCGGAAAUGAAGGAGCAGGCCUCCUUGUAGCUGGGAUGGAUGAAGAGCCAGAGAGACUGAAGACUUUCUUGUCUGUGAAUGGGAUGUCUUGCUGAUGGAGAGGGCCAUCAGCACUUCCGUUGACUCUGUGAUCAUGAAGAGGCAGUACCAAUGUACGUGCAGAGUGGAUAAAGCUUGUGAACAAGAAAGCAUUAACGUGUAUCACUCCUUAAAGAUGAUCCUGAAAUAGUCUCACUUAUCUUUCUGGUAGUGAAACCUUUCUUGCAGAUUUUCUCCCCCCUGCCCUUGAAAAAAGAAGUUUCUACAUUUUACAUGGGAAAACAUCCUAAAAAGAGCAUUUAUAUUUAUAGUACCAACACUUGUGCUAAAGGGCAGAGACCCCACUCCAGGGCUAUAUAAUGUCAGCCCUUAGUUGGGAACGUGGUAAUUCAGCUCCAUAGCAAAACAGUUCUGGAAUACUCUCAAUUUAGGUCCAUUCAUUUAUCAGCUGGUGCCUGUGGGUCAGAUAUCAAACUCCACAAUUAAUGCUGCAUUGAAUUGCAGUUUGAAGUCUAUUCUAGCCCUCUGUCCAAUGAGUCACAAAGUUGGCUCCAGACUCUCUAAAUGGAUUUUUGAAAGUGUGACAGAUUUGAGAUAUAAAGGAAAAUGCUUAGAUAAAUCCUGCAUGAGUGCAACUGAACAAUUGAGUCUGAAGCAGCUCACCGUGGUGAUACCAUUGACAUAAUGUGCUCUUUUCUCAUUGUGUAUUCAGGUUAAUGCUCUUCUGUAAAAAAUCUACUCAAAGGUUGUUUUAAAGGACCCUCUAAAAAGUCGUUUGCCGUACUGUCUUGUGCAGCACGUAUUAUGAAUUUGUAUUGUUUGGAUUGUCAGAAAUAUUGAUCUCUGGCAAGUACAGUGUCAUUGUCUGUUCUUGGAAUUAAUUUUAUUACAGAAGUAAAAAUGUAGAAAUGAAUUUACUUGGACCAAAUAGAUUUCAUCCUGUACAUAGUUUCUUAGCAGAUCAAUGACUCAUUCUCUUUGCAUUUCA